AUGGUGUUGCAUUAGCUGUUAACGGUUCCUGUUGGCACUUUAACCACGAAGGUACGGACUAAUCAGCUGGCAUGAUUUGUAUCCCGAUUAAACGUCUGAAAAAUUAUGAUUGUGAGGCAAGAUUUGAAGUUAUAAGGAGUUCCUUGUCAUAUAAUUCCUUAGUGGAUUUACGGAUGUUUAUCCUCGACGGAGAUCGAAAAUACCGAUACCAGUGGAAAGAGUAAGGUGCAGCCCUAGAUGUGAUGGUGGACUAGCUCUGACUGCAGGGAAGAGGCUGUGUCCAUCCUUUUACACAUCCUGUUCUGAGCCCACCCUUGGCAUAACUCAUAAAACUCCCUGGAAUAUUCGGCACACUUACCAUAAUGUCAGAUGACAACAGACUGCAGACAGAUGUGCAGGUCUCCACAUAAUGGAGCGAGAAUGAACAGAGAGCGGCUUAAAAAAAAGCAUGAACUGGAGGUUUAUUGAGGUCAUCUGCUUCCUGUUUAUAUGGGACCAUAUAACAGUUCAGUCUUCCCGCCAGGACCUGUUGGCCACUGAACAACAUGUCACCAAGCAAUAUGACUGGCUCAUCUCUGACCGUGGACCUUUCCACCACUCUCGGAGUUAUCUGUCCUUUGUGGAAAGAUUCCGCCAAGGAUUUACGACCAGAUAUAAAAUUUAUAGGGAAUUUGCACGUUGGAAGGUGAGGAACACAGCAAUUGAAAGAAGGGACCUGAUCCGGAACCCCGUGCCACUCAUGCCUGAGUUCCAGCGCAGCGUACGCUUGCUGGGCCGCAGACCUACUACUCAACAGUUCAUCGACACCAUCAUUAAGAAAUAUGGAACCCACAUUCUCAUCUCAGCCACCCUUGGAGGAGAGGAGGCACUGACUAUGUACCUGGCCAAAAACAAGCUGGACAGGAAGCUUGUCAAUGCUACUCAGAACGUGGAAGCCCUUCAUCAGCUGGCCUCAUCCUACUUCAUUGACCGUGAUGGCACGAUGAGGAAGCUGCAUGAGAUCCAGAUUUCCACCAAUGCCAUCAAGGUGACAGAGACACGGACGGGGCCAUUGGGAUGCAGUAGCUAUGACAAUCUGGACUCAGUUAGCUCAAUUCUUCUACAGAGUCCCGAGAGCAAGCUUCAUCUGCAAGGUCUUCAGGUCAUUUUCCCAGAAUACCUGCAGGAGAAAUUUGUCCAGUCAGCUCUGAGCUAUAUCAUGUGCAAUGGAGAGGGGGAGUACGUGUGCAGUAACAACCAGUGCAUCUGUCAGUGCGCCGAGGAGUAUCCCCAAUGCAACUGUCCCAUCACUGACAUCCAGAUCAUGGAGAACACCCUGUUGGGGAUGUCUGAGUCCUGGGCAUCUUCUUAUAAAGACUUUGAGAGCUCUGAUGAGUUCAAGUCCUUUCUGAAGAGGCUGCCCGCCACUCACUUCCUGCCCAUCAGCAGUGUUCAUCUCCUGUGGGGCAGCGACUGGGACCUUCAGGCCCGCUACAGGCUCCUUCAGAGUUCCCUGGAGAUCCAGCGGCUCAAGAUCCAGCGCACCGCUCGCAAGCUCUUUGGCCUCAGCAUCCGUUGUCACCACAACCCCAACCACCAGAUGCCUAGGGAGAGAUCUGUGAUGCAGUGGCUCAACAGGGUUCAGUCCUUUCUCUACUGCAAUGAAAACGGGUUCUGGGGUACCUUCUUGGAGAGCCAAAGGACAUGCGUGUGCCACACAGGUGUCACUCUAUGCCAGCGACCCAUCCCAUGUGUCAUAGGUGGCAACAACAGCUGUGCCAUGUGCAGCCUGGCCAACAUCUCACAAUGUGGCUCCUGCAACAAGGGCUACAAGUUGUACCGUGGUCGCUGUGAGCCCCAGAAUGUAGACUCAGAACGUAGCGAGCAGUUCAUCAGCUUUGAAACUGAUCUGGACUUUCAGGACCUUGAACUGAAAUACCUGUUACAGAAAAUGGAUUCGCGACUGUACAUUCACACUACUUUCAUCAGUAAUGAGAUCCGACUAGAGACCUUCUUUGACCCUCGAUGGCGUAAGCGCAUGUCCCUGACUCUCAAGAGUAACAAAAACCGGAUGGACUACCUUCACAUGAUAAUCGGUCUAUCGAUGAAGAUCUGCCAGAUGCGAAAUAGCAGCAUUGACCCCAUGUUCUUUGUUUAUGUCAACCCAUUCAGUGGUAGCCACUCAGAAGGCUGGAGCAUGCCCUUUGGGGAACAUGGUUACCCCCGCUGGGAAAAAGUACGACUGCAGAACUCCCAGUGCUUCAACUGGACUCUCCUGCUGGGAAACCGGUGGAAGACUUUCUUUGAGACGGUGCACAUCUACCUGCGUAGCCGCGCUAAGAUCCCAACUGGCUUACGCAAUGACACAGGACAGGGUCCGGUGGAUCUCGGAGACCCUAACAAGCGGCAGAUUUACAUAAAAAUAUCUGACAUCCAAGUGUUCGGCUACAGCCUGCGCUUUAAUGCCGACCUGCUCCGUAGUGCUGUGCAGCAGGUUAACCAGUCGUACACACAAGGGACUCAGUUCUACUCAUCCUCAUCUGUUAUGCUCCUGUUACUGGACAUUAGGGAUCGGAUUAACCGCCUUGCCCCUCCAUCUGCACCUGGCAAACCCCAGCUGGACCUCUUCUCUUGUAUGCUAAAGCAUAGGCUCAAGCUCAACAACAGUGAGAUGAUUCGAGUAAAUCAUGCCUUGGACAUGUACAGCACAGAGAUACUAAAACAAUCAGAUCACCUGACUGCUAAACUCUGUUGAACAUACUGUAGUAACAUUAACAUAAGGACAGCAAACAGAAACACCCAACAAAUGAACUACGAGGGGAUCUUAAUGUUUAUUUUGUUUUCUCUUUUUCAUCUUUGGACCUUUUCUGCCUUUUGAUGUAAUAUUAACUUUGUAAGCAUAAUUCUUAAAUGGAAAGGCAGUGAUGAAAAGCAUUUCACAUAAAGAUAAAGAAGAUUAAUGGAACCACUAUAAAGACUGUAUCAUAUUUGUCCCAGCAUGUCUGUCAUUUCAAAAAAGAAUUUAAAAAAAAGAGAAAAAAAGAAAUAUUAAAUCUAUGUACUGGUGAAAAAGAGGCCUUGAUUUUACUCUGAGGGAUCAAAGGUUAUAUCUGAAACUGCCAUUCUUUACUGAGAAAAACAUUUUUAAAGGAAUAAUGAUAUAACACAAGGGCAGACCAGAUAUCCUUUUAUUUCAGCUAAUGUGCAAAAUAUUUCCGACCUAACGGACAGUUUAAUAUUAAAAGAUGUUUAUACAUUGUAAGGAUUAAAUAGCCCUAGUGAAUAAGUAGUCAACACAUUACUUAUAGACUCUUUAUUACAUUUCAAACC